UUCAUUUUAGAUGAAAGUUAAUGACAUCACAAAGAGCAAGACGAUUGUGCAGUUUGAAGACGAGUUCAUAACAGAUAAAGAUUAUCUUAUCUGUAGUUUUGACGAUAGGCAGUCGUGGUAUAGAUAUGCUCUUCGACCGAGAAAUGAAAAAUUAUCAUGCGUUCUUCCGAAACUUCCAACACACUGCUUUGUGACAGGAAGACAGGGGAAUACAAUUGUCAAAGAACAAGCCUUGUCAUAUUUCCCGGACAUAGAAAUACAUCAGAUAAGAAAAGAAAGUUGUUCAAUCUAUAUGCAGGCGGACAAAAGAAUACGUAUGUCAUUUCCACCAGACUGUGUCGAUGAUAAUUGUGAGCUCUAUUUAAUGAUGGACUUGCCCGAGAGACAGAUUUGUCCAUUUAUUCAUGUAUAUAUCACAAAGUCCACCGGUCGCCCCGUUGAAAUCAGUUUGCCAAUAGUUUAUCAAGGAUCCAAGAAUACAGAGAAUUUGAUUAUUACCAGGGAAGGAAACGGUGAAUGGAUGACCUUGAACUCUUUGUUGAAAUUAGAUGCUGCCGGAUAUACAUUUGAGACUUCCAUUAUUAAAUCAAACGUACCAACAGCAUUUGGAAUAAAAGAAGCUGUGUUGCCUUGGGUAUGUCGUUAA